GUGCGUGGGCCAUGUGCUUGCUCUGAGUAUAGAACUUGGUCUUAAGGUAGAGAGGAGAGAUAUUUCUGUCGGCCAAAACACGAACGCUCACGUUUUUGGCAUCAGCAAACCAGCUACAACGACAACAGCUUACACCAUGAUCAACCUGUAGGCCUUAUAUGAAGAGAUCCUGAUCAAACCUUCAGCUGAAGCUCCUGGACAGUUGUCCCAGCCUCCGAGAUAGACCUCAAACGCACACCAGGAAUCAACGAUGUCCAGGCCGCUAACUCAGCUCUUACCACCGGAGCUGCCAGCUGGGGCGAGCCCGCAGUUCGGAGCCGGCAACCCGUCCGUUACCACUCCAAAUGGCCACCCGAACUCCAUGGCCAGCCUCAAGUCCCUCCUGCAGCUCCCAAUCAAAGCUGACCACCGAGGGAAAGACUGCUGCGAAAUAAAAGAUAAAGAGAAACCGCUGGACUCUGACGAAGACUCCCAGGGUGUGGGUGGAGUGGGUGGGAAUGGGGCUGGAUCCUCCGUACGCCCGGCCACGCAGUCAGCUUUCCUGGGCCCGUUGCUAUGGGAGCGUACGUUGCCGGGCGACACCGGCCUGUUCCAGCUGCAGUACAUGGACCUGGAGGAGUUUCUGACCGAGAACGGCAUGGGCUGCAUGCCGGCGGGGGGCCCCGGUGGCUCGGGCAGCAGUGCCAGCGCCCAGAUCCCUUCCCAGAGUUCUCAGUCGGCCGUGCCCAGCCAGAGCUCGCAGUGCACGUCCUCCGCCGUGUCUCCACCACCCUGCUCCUCUUCCUCAUCCUCAUCCUCCAUGUCGUCUUCGUCCUCCUCCUCCUCACUGCUGGGGCUGGACGUUCCGCCGCCUCCGCCGCCCCCCCCACAGGGGAUGCUGGGAGGCCCCGAGUGCCUACAUGGAGGCCAGGCUGUGCCACCAGAGCCUUCCUCUUCCUCGUCUUCAUCCUGUCCACCUCCGCCAGGCCAGAGUAACAAUGCCAAUGAUGUCAUGGUGAACUUUGACCCUGACCCUGCGGACCUCGCGCUGUCAAGCGUGCCAGGCCAGGAGGCCUUCGACCCCCGGAGGCACCGCUUCACAGACGAUGAGCUCAAGCCUCAGCCCAUGAUCAAAAAGGCCCGCAAAAUGCUGGUGCCUGAUGAACAGAAGGACGAGAAAUACUGGUGUCGGCGUGUGAAAAACAAUGAAGCGGCCAAGCGCUCACGCGACGCCCGGCGCCUGAAGGAGAACCAGAUCUCGGUGCGUGCCUCCUUCCUGGAGCGUGAGAACGGCGCACUGCGGCAGGAGGUGGCCGACAUGCGCAAGGAGCUUGGCCGCUGCCGGAACAUCCUCAGCAAGUACGAGAGCCGGCACGGAGACUUGUGAGGAAGAUGAUGAUGAUGAGGAAGAGGAAGAAGGAGCAAAUGAGAAAAAGAGAGAGAGAGAGGGCGGCAGAGGAGGACGAGGAGAGAAGUCAACAAACAAACAGUAAAACAAACAUUAGCACUUCUGAAACGAGGGCGGCGCUCUACCGCCCCCUGUGGGUUAGGGUUAUAGGCUAGAGGUAUAAUCAGGUUAUAAGCAGGUCCUGAGUGUUUUGUUAGCACUUGCAACACUUGCCCUUCCUGCACUCCACCCCGCCCCUCUUAACCCCCCACUUCCUGAACAUUUCACAUUUCCUCAGUAGGUAGGGAGGGAAGGAGGGAGGGGGGGGGGGGGGGGGGAGGGGGGGAAGGGCAGAUGCUUGUAAAUGCCGAUGGCAUCUUACUCUAUGCCAGUCUUACAUAGACCUUCACCUCACCCUAGCACCACACAACCAGAGAGGUGACCAGUGGCAGAGCUACAGACAGUCCACAGGACAGCCAGGCCGAGAGGACACAGGUGUAAUUCUUUUCUAUGACAAGAAAUAACCGAAAUAAAACUUGUAUAUUUUUAAACCGGGGACAGAGAGGAGAGUCCAAGCAUAGAGGAGGAGACGCAGAGGUGGAGGUAGAGGAGACAAGAGGAGGAGAGCCAUGAGAUUUUGACAUAGGAAAACUGUAUAUUUUUAUAUUUGUGGAUUCAGACAGGUGACAAGAUUUUGGAAAUAAUCUUUUGUAUAUUUUCUAUAUGGGUGGGAAGGGGUGUAGGGGGUGUGUAGGCUGCAAUGCGAGGGCUACCUGAGGAGUUUUAACACAAAUCCAGGAGUAUUCUCAGAUAUAUUUUAGAGGUCAGACUGGCUUUAGCAGUUCAGGGAUGAUAAGGCGGCUUUUUUUAGCAGAAGAAUGUAAAAGAAGUUUAAAUCAGGGGCAAAGUGGUGGUGGUGGUGAUUGAGGAGGGCGAGAGGAUCCGGGGAAGGAUUUUUUUUUUGGACAAACGAGAACGAGACGAAAGGAGAUGAAAAUAUGUGUAUAGUUUUCAUUUUUUUGUCCUCUUCUUAUUGUGAGUUCAUUCAAGCACUUAAUUUUGAUCUCUUCUCUUUGAUUCCCUUCUUAAAGCUUAACGUGUGUGUGUUUGUCCUAACCUGGGUGAUUAGGAGAGAGAGACAGAGAGAGGAGAAGAGAGACCAUAUUUUACACACACAGUUCUACAGUUAUGAAAGACUGCUUUCCAUGUAUAUACUGAAAUGCUUGAAGAAGUAUGGCUGUAAAGAAACUUAUACACACUUGCAUUCACAUGUAUACACACACACACACACACCCAUACAUACUGAAAUACCAACAUAAGCUUGACCUUUAUUUUCUCCAUGGUCAGUAUAAAGACAACGCACAAAUACACUAUGCCGUGGAGUCUGAGCACUCCCUGCACUCUGCAUUCUCUUACACACACACACACACGUGCACUUGUGCGCGUGCACACACACACACACACACACAGACAAACACACAUACACAAACACACACGCACACAGACAAAAAGCUCUCUCUUAACCCCUUUCUCUGUCUGAGUUUUGACUAGUGAAGUGUCAUUGGGUCAAAUGUAGAUUUUGUCACCCAGGUUCAGCUGGCAGUGAAUGAGCGACUGCAUGUGUUCCCACCAGAAACCUCUCUAUGACUGUUCUUAUGUCCACUACAUGGUGCUCACAAUAUCCCACUACCUGAAACACAUAUAUGCACACACACACACACACACAUACUCAUACUCACAUUACUGAACUGCCUAUAUCGACUCACUUUGUUUAUGUUUGUUUCUUUUGGUAUAGUAAGAGGAAUGGUUUCUAGAUCUAUACACAACAGUAUGUCUAAACCUCCCGUCAAAUUGAACCCACAUGAAAGAUCCCUAAUGCUACUGUACCAUAUGGAAAAAAAAUGUACUAUUGAAUAUUAAAAUAACUAUUUCUCACUAGAUAUAUGUGUGUAUAUUCUUAUGCUUGAAUAUGUGAUCAUCAAUGUAAAGUACAUGACUUGAAGAAUAUAUAUAUAUGAGUAGUUUAUAUACAAGCUGAUUGGAAUUAUUGUCAAUUCCUCAGGAGUCUGAAAUGAGUAUUAUGAAUAUAAAAUAACAGAAAUGUGGAAAUGUGCAACUCCUUACUUCCUCUGUUUGUUUUCCUGAGACAUUUCAAAACUUGUGGGAGCUUUGAUGAUCUCGGCCAGAAAUAAAACAGGUCAUUUUGAUUUGCCAAAAUUUCCUGAUUACUUUUAGGCUCAGAUGUGUUACCAAAACUACCAAAUUUACCUUGGGAGGAAGGUUCUAGUACACCCAAUACAAUAUAAAUAUAUAUAAUAUUACUCAAUAUUAUAUAUAUGGUGUUUGUUAAUUUACUCACAGGAAUUAAAUGUAUUUUUUAUUAUUGUAUCUACUACAGUUAUUAUUGCUACUAUAACCAUUGUUGUUGUUACUAUGACAAUCUGUGUUUCUAUCCUUAUUGUUUCUUUGCAGAAUUUCCCAAUAGGUUUCCUAGGAGAUGGUAUUCCCCUCAUGUUUUCCUUGUAUGGCAAGACCAUCUUAACUUCUUAACAAACUUUCUUUUCCUAUGAGCCUGAUCACUGUCAUCAUUAUCCUCUGACACAUUGCCAGACCCCAAGUGCAUUGUGGGAGUUAUAGGCUUUAUUCUUUUGUGUUUCAUUUUGAAAAAGACAGAAAAACACACACAAAAAAAAGACUAUGGGUCAAACGAAACCUAUUACACGUCUGAAGACUAUCUUUUUCCUGGAUGCACCUGAAGCUCCUACCCAUGAGCCUCUUGUGUCCGGUGCCCUGAGAGCCUGCUGCUGUCCCCCAGCUCUCUCGGCUGACGGCAGGCCGUGUUUUUAUCACCGGGGAAAUUUGUUUGUAAACGCCUAAGAAACCUUUUGACAGUGCUAUUUUUCUAUGUAACUGUAUGUUAACUCUUGGCAUUACAUGGGUAUUGGUGGCCCAACCUGCAUAUAUGUCUGGUCUUGAACGGGUAUCCACGCCUAUUGUGUCCACUUUUCCCAGAUGUGGAUUGUCAAACUGCUCCCCUUUUGUGACUGUUAUGAACUACAAAUCCCAUGGGCGCACUACUACCAAUCCUUCACUGGUAAUGUCUACUGGUCCUGCCUAUUGGAAUGAUGGGAAAUGUGGUCUGGCUUUAUUAUUUUCCCAAAACACCAAUAAAGAAUUGUCCUUACUCACUGA